AUGCUCCCUGAGGUCAGCGCAGGGACCAAGCGCGAGCCGCUGCAGAUCAUCGGCGCGGGCUUGGGGCGCACUGGCACCUCCUCCAUGGCAAUGGCCCUCACACGCUUAGGCUACCGACCUUAUCACUGGGUCGAGGGUAUGAUGCAGAUGGGCCACACUGGGCUUUGGGCGAGAUGGUACGAUGCCAUGCAUAGUGGUGACGAGGCGGGAGCAGACGCAGCUUUCCAGACGGUGGCAGAGGCGAUUGCGCAGAGUGGCUUCAAUGCGACCCUCGACUUUCCAGCGUGCAUGGCCUUCGAGUCCUUCAUGAAGAUGUAUCCCAAUGCCAAGGUGCUCUUGUCGGUGCGCUCUUCGGGACAGGCUUGGGCGGCUUCAGUCCUGAACGGGGUGAUCGACUUGUCCUGGGCUGCGCAGUUCGGAUUCUUCGGUCUCACCCAGCGGCUCCGAGACCUGAGGACAGUGAUCCUGGGGGGUUGGCCCCUGCUGGGCAUCCCCCCCAUGGGCCCUGGCGAUCUGCCAGACGGCCCCAUCCUGGAGAAGGUCCAUGACGACUGGGCGCGGCGGGUGAAGCGUGCCGUGCCAAAGGAGAAGCUGCUGGUCUUCGAGGCAAAGGACGGCUACGGGCCGCUAUGUCGAUUCCUGGACAUUUCCGAUGCUGACUGCCCCAAAGAGCCCUAUCCCCACAUGAACGCGAACGUUGACAGUUGGUGGGCGCGACGGUUUGGCUGGUUUGCGGUGACCUGCUGGAUCCCCAACACCAUGAUUUUGCUUUGCGCCCCUUUCUAUUGCUGCUGGCGCUGCCGUCGGAAGCAGAAGGCCGCCUAA